UUGAGCUCCUUCAAAUCUUUUCUAGCAUCACUCAAAUUCCAGUAGUGAAUUCUUUGUUAGAAUCCAAACAUGGCUUCAUCUAGUUUCAAUCAAUUACUCUCCUUUGUUUUGCUGCUCGGUUUGGUCAAUUUCUGCUCAGCAGGCAGAACACUUUCUGCUGAGACGUCGGAUCAAACCCAGCAGCCUUUACUGUUCCAGUACCACAAUGGCCCUCUUCUAAGCGGCAAAAUCUCCGUCAAUUUGAUCUGGUAUGGCAAGUUCAAAGCCUCCCAGCGGGCAAUUGUUUCCGAUUUCAUCACCUCCCUUUCGGCUUCUUCUCCAUCUACAAACCAACCUUCAGUUGCUAAUUGGUGGAAGUCCAUUGAGAAAUACUACCACCUCUCCAAUGCCAAGAAAAGUUCUCUUUCCCUCUCAUUGGGCACCCAAACCCUUGACCAGAGCUACUCUAUGGGCAAGUCCCUAUCUCAAACACACAUCAAACAGUUAGCAGCCAAGGGAGGCAAGAGUAAUGCCAUCAACGUUGUCUUGACCUCAUCGGAUGUUCUAGUUGAUGGGCUUUGCUCUAGCAAAUGUGGGACACACGGGUCUUCAAAGAGCUCCAUCAUUAGAGGCAAGAGCUCCAAAUUUGCAUACAUCUGGGUGGGAAACUCAGAGACCCAAUGCCCUGGUCAGUGUGCUUGGCCAUUCCACCAGCCUAUCUAUGGACCACAGACUACACCAUUGGUGGCACCCAACAACGAUGUCGGUGUGGACGGUAUGAUCAUCAAUCUAGCUAGCCUUUUGGCUGGGACUGUGACCAACCCUUUUGGAAAUGGGUUCUACCAGGGUCCCAAAGAGGCUCCAUUGGAAGCUGCCUCCGCUUGUCCUGGUGUAUAUGCCAAAGGAGCGUAUCCUGGUUACGCCGGAGACCUCUUGGUUGAUGCUACGACCGGGGCCAGCUACAAUGCCAAUGGUUUGAAUGGGAAGAAGUACUUGCUUCCUGCUUUGUUUGACCCUUCUACCUCAACUUGUUCUACUCUUGUUUGAGAGUAAAUUAGCAGUUGAGACCACGUUAGAGUACAUUUUAUGUAGAGAAUAUAGGUCAUUGAUUCUUCAAUUCACAUUCUUUAUAGUUUCAAAUGAAAAUAAUAUAUAUUUUUUAAUUUUCAUAGUAA